AUGUCGGCUAAAAGACACCAAAACUGGGAUAAUUAUAAAGAUAAAAUCGCAAAAAAGAGGGGAAAGAAAUCUCACGGCGAGAAAAAUCAAUCUUUUAAUGUCGUAGGUGGUAUAACCGUUCAGCGUUUAUCUGCCAAUGUCGAAGGCAAAUGUCAGAAGUACACGCGAAUUGGACCCUUGACAUGGGUGCCAAUGAAAGACAAAGAAGCCACACUAGAAACAACUAAGGAUGCAUGCAAAGUUCAUUUUGAUACUGAAUCGGAAUGCGAUGUACUCGCUGGUGAACGUGGCUCAUCGUAUACAAGCACAUCUCAAAUAAAAAAUUGGAAAGUGAUACACGUGCGAUUCAUUGAAGGCGCUCAAAACCUUGUCCCUGCCGUCAGCCGUCAAAGUGAGCCUACCAAACAUAGCCCAAAGAUACGAAGUAUCCACACAAAUGUAACGGCGAGAUCUGAAAAUUUGAGCUCACGAUUGCACAUGUCUGUGGCGCCAUCGAUUUCACUUAGUAAGAUGCUGAAAAUUGGAAAAGUCAUAAAUUCAGAUUCUAACCGAUAA